UAGCAGUCGAAACCCCACAACUUGUGUUCGUGUUUUCGAAGUUGAUGGACAGUUCGUGUGGUUCGAAUUAUUAAUUAUUUUAAAAUAUAUUUAAUUUUCUAUUCAAGACACACCGGGUGCAAUGUAGUUGAGUUAAAUGGAAACAGAUCAGGAAGAUGAAAUUGAAGCCCUUAAAGCUAUAUUUUGCAAAGAAGGAGAGCUGGAAACUAAUAAAGGUUGUAAAUUUUAAUGUCGCCUGCCUACUGUAGCCUAAAUCAAUCAAAUUCAAAUCAAUGUCAAUGUCAUUGUAACUUAAACUUAAACUAACGUUAAACUCAUUAAACUGAAAAGCGUUAAAUGCAAUUUAUUGCCAAAACAAUGGUCAAAAUAGCUACAGUAUUGAAUAUCUGGUCAAGUAUGGUUUUAGCUAAUAAUUUAAUUAUUAUUUUUUUUUAAAUUUGAAAUUAAAAUAAGGAAUUUAAUUAAUAAAUGAUGUAAUAAUAGGCAAUAGAAAUUGUAUUUACUUAGGGCAGGGGCCAUUCAUAAAUGAUGUGAAAAAUGUGAUGUCACACUAAUUUAGAAGUUUUAUUAACACUCCCAUCAACAGAGAAAUCAACCUCAAAGUCAAAACACAUCAUCAUAAAUGAUACUUUUAAUUUUAAAAUUAAUCAAUUAAUCACUUUCCUUUGGUGCUAUAAUUAAAUAUUUAAGGUUAUAAAAUCCUCACAUUAUCUGAGUAUUCAACAAACUUUUACUAAUUACAAUUGUGUUUCACAGGGCUCUCAAAAAUUAGUUACAAGGACAAUUGAAUUCAAUAGUGAAAAGGAAUUCCACAACAAAUUAUUAUAUUUUCAAAAUUGCUCGCAAAAGAAUAAUUCAAAGUAUUACUACUAUUACUUCCAUCAAACCACUAUAUACGACUUACCUGAUUCCUUAAGUUUAAUAAAAGAUUUCAAACAGAAAGAUUCCACAAAAUAUAAAAAUAUUGCUUGAACUGAGUAAAAAAAAAAAUGCUUGCUAUCAUGUCAACCGACAAAUGAGAAUCCCUGUAAAAACAAACUUUUUAUUUUAAUAAUAGAUUUAUAUAGGCCUGCUUAUUUAUGGCAUGGACCAUUAAAUAUGCAUUACAAUACAUUUUUAGAAAUUUUACUGUAAUUUUGCUAUAAAAGCCUCUGGAAAAACUUAUAAACUUGUGCCAGGUAUAUUUAUUGAGACUCAGCUAUUUCCCAUAUGAUAAUUUUUUUCUUUCCUUUAAAAUUAGGUCAAGAUGGUCAUCAGGUCACAAUUUACUUUCAAUUCCAGCACAUUACUUUCAAAAGAGAUUUUGAUUCUGGAAAUACCAGUGUCACUGUUUCAUUGCCAUCGAGCUACCCGCAAAAAGACUUGCCAGUUAUCACCUUAAAAUGUACAUUCUUGUCGGUGAAUACUCUUCUCAUUCUGACCGGGAAAAUACAGGAGAGAGCUAACAGUCUUCUAGGGGAGGCAAUGUUAAUGAAUUUGUUUUUCUAUGCUCAAGAGUUGCUAGAAGAAGAAGCACACAAAUAUUUAAAUACCAAGUUAGAGCUUGCUGAAAAUAUAAGACAAUCACAAAUAAAUGGCUGUUGUGUGAAUGUGAAACCAAACCUUCAGGAAUCAAUUGAUAAAUCUGAAACAUCAGUUUAUGACACACAAGCAAUGGUACCUGCAGAUGACACAUUACAUGACAAAUUACCUGAAAGUACAGAAAAGCCUAGUCAGAAAGUAAGAAGCAGGAAUGAUUCAAAGACAGUAACAUGUGUCCUUCAAUUAGAUCACAUGAGAUCAAAGCAAAGUUACACAAAACUAAUAAAAAAAUGGAUUCUUGAACUUGGCUUAACUGGCAGACUUUGCUUUUGUCAAAAAAUUAUACUUAUAAUACUUCAAGGGAACAUAUCAGCAGUCAAAGUGAGUAACUAUUGGUAGCGUCCCUUGCUAACAAGAAGUGGCUUAUUAUAGAGUUAAUUCUUAAUAUAAAUACCACCAGUUGUACAUCAAACACAUAUAAACUUAUUUAUAUCCAUUAUUUUAUUAUAAAUUUAUUGAUGCAGUGACAUAGAAAGUGUUAACAAAGCAACCACUUCCAUUUAAUUCUUCAAUGUUUUUGCACAACAUUUUUUCUGUACAUCAGGGGUUCUUUCUUUGCUGCACCACACUUCUCCUCAUUUCAAAACAAUACCAGCACCCCUAUCUCGAUUUCAAAACAAUGCCAGCACCCCCAUCUCGAUUUCAAAACAAAGUAUCUCACACCCCAACUUUAAAAAAAAGCAAAUAAAAAUUAUUAUCAGGUUUUUACUGCACCCUGAUACUGCCCGCUUCACCCCCAGGGGGCAACGUACACCUGGUUAAGAAGACCUGCUUUAUAUUUUAUCAAAAUCUUUGUGAGUAAAGUCAUUCUAUUGUAUCCUGGUAGGAUUUUUCAAAACCACUUCCAGUAUUUGUUUAUAGAAAAUAAACACUUCAUAUUGUUCAGUUUAAAUUUGACAUUCUUGAUGGUACUAGGAAUAUAUUGUCAAGAACAGAACCACAAAUGUGGACGUGGACUCAAAAGGCAGGAGUUGCAAAGAGAGAAUGCUGACAGUGCUGUGUGAGAUUCCUUGUGAUAUAAAUACAAAGUAAGUAAGAUUUAUUUAUCAUUUAUAGUUAGUGCUAGAGGGUAUUGACUAUUUUGUCUAGUUUUGUGAUGUCUUUUGAUGCUUGACAAGUGACAGUCAAGCAUCUUCAUAAGAGACUUGAUGAGUGACGGUAUAACUGACCAGCUGUGAUGGUAUUCAAAGAUGGAACAAAAACCAGAACUAGUUUACUCAAAAUGCCAGCAGGUUUCGCCAGAAGUUGUGAAACUAUUAUCUGAGAAAUAUUUUACGUUUUCAAUAAACUGGAGAUAUCAACCAAACAAUUGUAACGUGAUGCUCUGCAGACCAAACAAAUAAAUGGCAGGAAGCCAAUUGUGUUGAUCAUGGGUUGUAUUUAUCAUCUUUUCAACCUGUGUGCACGGGAAGGUAUAAAUUAGAUACUUGUCAGCACAGGAAGGUAUACAUUAGAUACUUGUCAGCACAGGAAGGUAUACAUUAGAUACUUGUCAGCACAGGAAGGUAUACAUUAGAUACUGGUCAGCACAGGAAGGUAUACAUUAGAUACUUGUCAGCACAGGAAGAUAUACAUUAGAUACUUGUCAGCACAGGAAGGUAUACAUUAGAUACUUGUCAGCACAAGAAGGUAUACAUUAGAUACUUGUCAGCACAGGAAGGUAUACAUUAGAUACUUGUCAGCACAGGAAGAUAUAAAUUAGAUACUUGUCAGCACAGGAAGGUAUACAUUAGAUACUUGUCAGCACAGGCUGGUAUACAUUAGAUACUUGUCAGCACAGGAAGGUAUGCAUUAAAUACUUGUCAGUUCCUGUGGAUGAAAUCAGAGUGGGUCUUUAAUUCUUUAAAAAAACAGAUAACUUACAAGGAUUUUUAAAAAUAUUCCCUGUUUCACUGAUAUUGCAUUAAAGCAAUGCACACUAUGAAAGUUAUCUCAAUGAAUGCACACUAUGAAAGUUAUCUCAAUGAAUGCACACUAUGAAAGUUUUCUCAAUGAAUGCACACUAUGAAAGUUACCUCAAUGAAUGCACACUAUGAAAGUUAUCUCAAUGAGUGCACACUGUGAAAGUUAUCUCAGUGAAUGCGCACUAUGAAAGUUAUCUCAAUGAAUGCACACUGUGAAACUUAUCUAAAAGCUAAAUGAUACAGGGCUGAUUCCAGAAGCAGAUCCAAUGAAAAAUAUUGUUCAUGUUAAAAUUAACAGAAGUACUUGUUUUUGGCUUGAUAAUUCUCUGAUGAUGAAAAUACUUUUGGAGAAUGACACCAUUAAGUCUAUUUUCAUCCCUGUUUUUUUAAAUUUUAAAACUUGAAUGAAUUAAUUAAAAACUCCAUAUUAUUUGUCUACAUUUGUUUGAAAUUGACAAAAAAAAUGAGUGCCAGAGUUUUGAGCCAUGUUUGUAAACAGUACAAGUUCGAAAGAACAACAACAAUCACGAUCACACUAAUCCUAGUUAUAACCAUAAUUGUUUCCCUUGUUUGACAGAUUUCAGGAUUUUGCUGUCCUUGACCUGCAGACCCCUCGUGAGUUACAGGUCUUGUUCAGCAGUUCAUCAAUGGGAGAUGUUUAUAAGGAGUAUGUGAUAGAUCAGCUUGGUUUAACUCACUCAAAAUCUGCUGAUCAAAGACAUGAACACUCGACUGGUUCUGUUGCUGCUCAAAGACAUUAACACUCGACUGGUUCUGUUGUUGUAACAUUCUUCAUUGGACAGAGGCUGGGAGCUAACUUUAGAGGUUUCAUACUUUACUUUAGAAAUUGGUUUUCAAAAAUGAUCUCACCAAAUGGGUUAGUGUUGUAUUUUAGAACUAUUGUUGUAUCUUAGAACUAUCGUUUUAUCUUAGAUCUAUGGUUUUAUUUUAGAGCUGUGAUUUUAUCUUAGAACUGCUGAAGGGUUUUCCAAUACUGACUCAAAAUGUAUCUCUUUAGUGUGCCUUAAAUUUUCUCAACUCCAGACAGGCUUAGCUCAAAGAUGAACUUUGACCUUCCAACUGUUGUAACCAGCCACCAGAAAUAAAGAUGACCCUUGUGUUGACCGUACAGAUUUAUACAUCACUUAGAAAUGGUGUGUGGGUUGGGCACCUGGUGAAUAACAGAAUGUACUUUGACCUGGUCGCUAGGACAUUGUCAGUCUACCUCAUCACGAGGACAUUGUCAAUCUAACUGGUUGCUAGGACAUUGUCAAUCUAUCUGUUUGCUAGAACAUUGUCAAUCUACCUGGUUGCUAGAACAUUGUCAAUCUACCUUGUUGCUAGAACAUUGUCAAUCUAUCUGGUCAUGAGAACAUUGUCAAUCUAUCUGGUCACGAGGACAUUGUCAAUCUACCUGGUUUCUAGGACAUUGCCAGUAGUCCUGGUCAUUAGAACAUUGUCAAUCUAUCUGGUCACUAUGACUUUGCCAGUCUAAAUCUCUGUAUGCAAGAAAGCCAGUUUACACUAAAAUAAUGUUUAAAUCAUAUUGGUCAAAUCACUAGUGUUAUAUGGUCAUUGGUCAUUCUAAGACUUGGAGUGGGUCUGUUCUUCAUUCUAAGAUUUGGAGUGGGUCUAGUCUUCAUUCUAAGACUUGGAGCGGGUCUAGUCUUCACUCUAAGACUUGGAGUGGGUCUAGUCUUCAUUCUAAGACUUGGAGUGGGUCUAGUCUUCACUCUAAGACUUGGAGUGGGUCUUGUCUUCAUUCUAAGACUUGGAGUGGGUCUAGUCUUCAUUCUAAGACUUGGAGUGGGUCUAGUCUUCAUUCUAAGACUUGGAGUGGGUCUAGUCUUCAUUCUAAGACUUGGAGUGGGUCUAGUCUUCACUCUAAGACUUGGAGUGGGUCUAGUCUUCAUUCUAAGACUUGGAGUGGGUCUAGUCUUCAUUCUAAGACUUGGAGGGGGUCUUCACUCAAAGACUUGGAGUGGGUCUAGUCUUCAUUCUAAGACUUGGAGUGGGUCUAGUCUACAAAUACUAAAUUAUUUAGUGUAUUGAGCUUGUAUUUCAGAUAUAUGAAGACUAGCGUUUCAAUCUCCUUUUAACUAUGGUAUUUAACUGUCAUUCAAUAAGUGUCCCCCUUUUUGGGCAUCAGUCAUAGCAGCAGAUUUAAAAAUAAAUUCCUUUAUAGUUAGAGAACUGCUAUGUAAGUUAAGAAAUUUUGAUGCAAAAACAUUUAAUGAAAUGCUGAGAAGAAGAAG